CUCUCUCCCAAACUAAAAACUAAAACCCAUUUUCUUCUCCAAAACCUUCGACUUUUCUCUAACCGAAACGCGCUUCGGAACAUUUCUUCUUCGCUCUCUCACAUCUUCCAUUGCUCCAACUUUCACGCACUAUCAAAUUCCGACACUACUGUGUGUGUGCUAAUUGAUCAAGGAAGUUGAUAAGGAGCCAGUUCAGUUUUCUACCUUAACGACAGAAAAAAGGACCGAUCAAAUUCUAUGGCUGGUGCUGUAGGUGUCGUGAAGGAACUAAGGAGGCGUUUGUUUCAAGUUAUAAUAUUGUAUUGGUUCUCUCCCUCAGAUCAAAAUAGAGUUCGGAGAGGUAGCAUUGUUACUGGCAAUGAAAAAUCUUCUGUAACUUCUAUUCCACACUUGAAAUUGCAUUGUGACAUGGAGGCUCAAAUUCAUCUACUUGAACAGGAAGCUUACUCUGCUGUCUUGCGUGCUUUCAAAGCUCAGUCUGAUGCUCUUACUUGGGAGAAGGAAGGUUUGAUAACUGAGCUUAGAAAAGAGUUGAGGGUUUCAGAUGAUGAACACAGAGAGCUUCUUACCAGGGUUAACUCUGAUGAAAUAAUUCACCGUAUUAGGGAGUGGAGACAAACUGGCUGUUACCAACCUGCAAGGCGCAGCACAUCUCAGACUUUUCAUGACAUUUUACCUAGUCCAACUGUUUCAGCUUCCCGAAAAAAGCAGAAGACAUCCCAUUCGGGUCAGUCAUUGCCUGCUUUAUCUUCAGUGAAGUCUGUACAGUAUACAUCUGCUGGACCUACUGGAGGCAGGCAUUUUGCAAAUCACAAUUCUAGUGCUCUUGCAUCUAAUGCAUCUGCUACCGAAGCAGCAGCCUUUGAUCCAUUGAUUGGGAAGAAAGUUUGGACUCGGUGGCCUGAAGAUAACCACUUUUAUGAGGCUGUUGUAACUGAUUACAACCCUGCUGAUGGCCGGCAUGCUUUGGUUUAUGAUAUUAAUAAAGUAAAUGAGACUUGGGAAUGGGUUGAUCUCAAAGAGAUCUCACCUGAGGAUAUAAAAUGGGAAGGUGAAGAUCCUGGCAUUCUCCAUAGAGGUGGACAUGGUGGGCAAGGUGGUGGAGGUAGGAAAUUCUUUGGCCAUGGUGGUGAUUCUUUAGGUGCAGGUAGAGGGAGAGGUCAUCCCAGGUUUCAGGCCAGACAAGAAUUUCUCCCACCUCAAAAUGGUAUUGGAAGGAGAGUUUUGGAUGACAUUGAGUUGCUGAACACAGAUUCACUAGUUAAGGAGGUAGAAAGAAUUUUUGCUACAAGUCCUCAAGAUUCAAUGGAGCUUGAGAAGGCAAAGCAAAUGCUGAAAGAGCAUGAGCAAGCACUUGUUGAUGCCAUUGCAAGGAUUGCAGAUGCAUCUGAUGGUGAAAGUGAUGGAGAACAGCCGUUCUUGCAGCAUAGUCAAUUGAUGGAAAGGGGAUGAGAGCACAGGAACCAACUGCAUGUUGGAGGCAAUCUGCCUUUGGAGAUGAUCUUUAAGCUCUGAUGAAGUCUCAUGGAAGUCCAAUUUUGGAUGAAUGCAUAGUCCACUUAUGCACUUGUAGGAUCCAACAGCAGCAAAUGGCCAAGAUGGUCUUACUGAUGCAUUUUCUGUCAUUUAUUUCUUUCCCUUCCUGACUGUUGCCACAUGUGCAAGUUUUGUGCUCAAUGACGAUUUUGAAUAUAGAGCUUCAAUAUAUCACUUCUCAGGCACAUCAAAUGUAAAAUACAAUAAAUUAAUUUAUUUUUUACCGAGAGAAACUCAAACAAAUGGGUUGAUUUGUCUUC